GGGACAUGGAGUUUGGAGGUGGGGGGCAAAUCUGGGCAUGCGCAGUGCUCAUGUUCCAUGGCUACAUACCAUCAGCACGAACUUCUUCAUGAGAAACUAACGUGAAACUUCUCCGUGUGUUCUACAGAUUUGUUCAUUCGAGAAAAUCUGCCAGCCAGACGACGGUACAAAAUUGAGACAAUUGUAGCGACUGAACUAUAACAGAAGUCCUGAAAGAAAUUCAUUUGUAGCCUAAUUUGUAAGACACCAUGACUUAAACUUAUUCGGUAGAAAUAUUUCAGUAAUACUUUCACAAAGUGUUUUGUAUGUGAGGCGGACAGUGUUUCGACAUCAUGCCCUGUACCAACAAUCUAAUUUGGGAUAUUAGGAAACGCACCAUCGGUUCCAACAAAAUAAACAACUUUACAAGGAGUAACUACUUAGGAAGAAAAGAGUUUGUACAAAGACUGAAACUUGAAGCCACUCUUGAUGUACAUGAGGGCUCUAUCAAUACAGUAUGCUGGAAUGACACAGGAGAAUACAUCUUAUCUGGAUCAGAUGAUGACAAAUUGGUCAUCACGAACCCAUACAACCGAAAAGUCAAGGCAUCCAUUACAUCAUGGCAUCGAUCCAAUAUCUUCAGUGCCAAGUUCAUGCCCCAAACCAACGACAGAAUGAUCGUGUCCGCAGCAGCCGACGGCAAGAUCUUCCUCACCAACGUAGAGAGGGGUUCCAACCUGGACCCUGUGUUGCAGUAUCACUGUCAUAACGGUGCUGCCUAUGAGAUAUUGACGGUACCUAGCGACCCUCACUCUUUCCUGUCCUGUGGAGAGGAUGGAACAAUCAGGUGGUUUGAUGUCCGAGUUUCUCCUGGCUGCUGGCAAACUAACUGUAAAAAGGACAUCCUGAUUGACUGUCGGCGAGCAGUAACAUCCAUGGCCAUAUCCCCUGUGGAAUCCUUCUAUCUGGCUACUGGCUGCUCUGACAGCUCAGUCCGUAUCUAUGACAGGAGAAUGCUGGGUACCAUAGCAACAGGUUUUCAGACAGGAAGCGGAGUGGCAGGGAUGUGUGCGAUGUUCGUACCGAGGCACCUGGUCAACAAGUCAUGUCGCGUGACCUCAUUGGCCUACAGUAGGGACGGCAGGGAGGUGCUAGCCAGCUACGCCUCAGACUAUCUCUACCUGUUUGACCCUAAAGAUGACAAGGGACGCGAGCUGAAGGGACCGUCGCAUGAUAACAAGCAAAAGGAGCCUCUGCAGAAGCGUCUGCGUCUGAGAGGAGACUGGUCAGACACUGGACCCCUGUCACGGCCAGAGAGCGAGAGGGAGCGGGCCGGAGAGUCCAGGCCUGGUGUGUCUCUGAUGCAGAGGAUGUCAGACAUGUUGUCACGCUGGUUUGAGGACGCCAGCGAGGCCCAGAACAACAGAGGAGUCCGUCCUCAGACACAGACACGACCCAGGGUAGACCCUGCAGCAGCAGCACCUCCAGCUCCACAAGGUAGUGGGCUUCACCAGGAGGCUAUGGUGCUAGGGAAUCAAGCCCCGUCUCAACCAACAUCAACAGCCAGCUUCUCCUCUGACUCCUCCUCAUCCAUGGAGAGCCUGAGGAGCCGUAGGAGUGGCAUGGGGACAGGAAGUCUCCAACCGUCUUCUGGGGAACCAGACCUGAGUCUGACACACAGCAACCAGGGCACCACUAGCAGCACCAUCCAACUGGACUUCUCCAGCGGUGGCUCCAGCGACCAGGGGGAACCGCCGCAGAUGAGGGGCCCAGAGCAGGUGUCUGACACCAGGCAGACCUCAUCCCUCAGCCAGUCGGAGGUGGAGGGCAUGGGAGAGGAGUCCACACCACAGCCCCCUGGGGAAUGGAUGCAAAGAUUUAAUUUGAGAGGAUCAGAAUUAGGUGAAAGAGUACUCAGACAUGUUGUAUAUCCUUCCGAAAGGCGCUCUGCUGCUGCACGGAUCCAGGAGAUUUUCCGGCGGCGGAAAGAGAAGAAAGAGUUGGCGGAUUGCGAGACUCGCCGUGUCGGGAAGCCCUCAGUAGAAAAGGUCUACAAGGGCCACCGUAAUUCCAGGACUAUGACCAAUCAGUGUUGUUUCUGGGGGGACCAGUUUGUUCUGAGCGGCUCAGACUGUGGUCAUAUCUUCAUCUGGGACAGAGAGACAGGGGAACACCUAAUGCUGCUGGAGGCAGACCAGCACGUUGUCAACUGUCUGCAGCCACACCCCUACGAACCACUUUUAGCCACAUCAGGGAUAGAUACCAACAUCAAGAUCUGGUCACCGAUGGAGGAAUCCCCAUCAUUCAACAGAGUACUCGCUGAAGAGGUCACCUUCCGUAAUGAACUGAUGCUGGAGGAGACCAGGAACACCAUCACUGUACCUGCCUCAUUCAUGCUGAGGAUGCUGGCCCAACUCAACCACUCCAUCACAGCAGAGUCUGAGGACAAUGAGGAAGAAGAGUAGGCCUAUCCAUGGCUUUCAUACUGGACUGUUGAAUGUGUGAAGUAGAAACGAUACAUUAUCUCUUUGGAAUCACUUUGUGACCAUUAUAGUGGUAAUGUUACCAUAGGGAUUGGAGUGUUGGACCUCACCUAGUGUAGGUUAGGGGACAUUAGAAGAGGUUGUGUUGAUUUUUGAUGCAGUAGUUUUUAUAAAUAUAGUUUAUAUUCAUAUGUAGAUCAAGGAAUGUUUUAUACCUAUUUAUAUAUUUAGUGCAGGUGUCCAGCCUCUCCGUCUGGCUAUGAGAAGUGUUCUCUAGAUGAGAUCUCUUUAUUCUCCUCUGUACUUUGUGAACCUCAGGCCUUUUUGUGAGAAGUUUUAUUACGUCCAGAACACUGUCACAUUUCAUCUUACCUUGUCUGUGGCUUUUCCCGAUACUCUGCAACGACGGCUCCGGUUCUGACUGUUGUCAAUGCGCUUGUUUACCAAAGAGAAUGCAUUUAAUUUAAGGAUUUAUGAAUGUUACAAAAAUAAUAAAAGCGUAAGGUUGCCUCAAA